CGUAGUUGCUUUAUGAGUAAUAAAAGCCUUUGGAGCCUUUCUUGAAUCGCUUUGUAUCGGAUUAAGGUCUUUUAAUGGUCUAUCCUCGUAUGUCCUUACUUGACAGGAGGCUAACUUAACGUUGCGUGAAAAGGCGGUAGUAUGGCCUCAGGAUUUGACCUCGGAGGACAACCUUUGUGACAACACAUCUGUCGACCGCUUUCCAUAAACGCCAGAGAGGUAAAGGCACAGCCAGAGUUAAGCAGCUGCAAGGCGCCUUUAUUUACCGGAAGUAAACCUGAGGUCGUCAUGGGGAGCAAAGUCAGCUCCAAAAUGGCUGCCCCCACCGCCCGAGUUAUCCAGAUUGUUUCAGCAAAGGCUGUUCGGCCUCAUACUCCCCUGAUCAAAUUCCCCAAAAGAACAGACAUCCCAAAGCCCAAUGCCCAAGAGGCGUUGAAAACACUAGCUGUUAACUUCUCACCGCACAAUGCUCCGGAGUCUCCUUCAGCGGCAGCGCCGCCUCCAUUACCGAGACCUCAUGUACCUUUGACCCCGAUCCCUGGCACACCAGACACCCUGGCCUCUAUUCAGCUGUUAACUGCCAGGUACCGCAGGAGACCGAUGACAGUGGACGAAAUGGAAUACAUCCAGCGCGGUGGACCAGAGUGACAUGAAGUGACUGAAUCACUGCAACCAAAGUCCUUAUCUGUUGGAGAUCAGUUUGUGUCUUCACCUCUGCUCCUCAACACAAAGAGAACCUAAUGCCACAUGAGACAUGAUGUAGAAUAAACUAUUACAUACAUCCUGUUAAAAUGUACAUACGUUUGUUUGGUUAGUUGUUAAAUCUUUAUUGUAUUUUUAAGUCCACCAUGAGGGACGUUCAUUGUAUUAACGCACAACCAAGCCAUCACCGGAUCUACCAGGUUUUCCCUCAUCGACUGUACCGGCUCUGUAGCUAUUCCUCACAGUUGUUGUUCUUGUCAGACCUUGGUUUUAGAAUACCAGCUCAACUCUGAUAUUUAAUUUUGUCAUAAUUUAUUUGAGCAACACUUACAGUCCCAUCAUACCUAAAUCCAAGCAUGAGGCUCUGGUCUAUAGAAGAAAAUAAAUGCUUUUCAUGCACUGCAAUACGCUGAUCUGUUUUUUUUUUUUUUGGGAGCUAAAUAAGGCAGAGAAGAUGCUGGAUUUCAAGCAAUAGUGUUGAGCUCCUGUGAACUGCUGGACUGAGACGAUUAAAAGAAUAUUGUAUUUUGA